AUGAGCGUGUCUAUUGUCAGGCGGAGCUCCAAAAUACUGCAAUCGGGUUGGCAUGUCGGCGGUCUGGGGCGGCAGAAUCCACUGCGUGUUGACGCAGCGGCCCACCGGGGCGAUUGCGGCCAAGCUGCCAUCGCGAGCUCCACGACUCUGCUCCGUCUCCAUCAUUCCCUUCCUGAUAUCGAUCUCAUCACUCCUCCAGGGAGAUCGAUUUUCAAUAUGUCUGCGCAGAACUCCGCGGGCAUCCAGACCCUCCUGGAUGCUGAGCGAGAAGCUCAGAAGAUUGUCCAGCAAGACCGCACAAAGCGAGUAAAGGACGCUAGAACGGAGGCGCAGAAAGAAAUCGAAGAGUACAGGAGGCAGAAGGAGGAAGAGUUCCGGAAGUUCGAAGCGGAGCACACGAGCGGUAACAAGAAGGCCGAAGAGGAAGCGAACAGGGAGGCCGAGCUGAGGCUCCAGGAGAUCAAGGAGGCUGGCAAGAAGCACGGCGACAAGGUGAUACAAUACACUGCGUCUUCCAUUGUCCAUAGAUGUGGACAUGGCGGUAUAUUUUCAGGCCAUUGCAAUGCAUGGUGUAUGAGUUACAAAUCGAGUCAGUUGAAGCUGAUUCCGGCCAUCUUGGCUGAGCGCGGAGCGACUUGCUUGAUGGCGUCACCGACGGCGGAACCUCCGUAUCUUCACAUCAUCGUCCGCCAACCAGGCAGAUACAACAUGAGAUGUGACGUUAGAACCCUUGGAUGCAGUUCCAUCCUAAUUGACGUCCGGCCGUAUCGCAGGCAAUUAUGUGUUAGUUGCAGGCGGCGGAGCUUCAGUUCUCGUCCAGCGGAGCGCAGUUCACAACGGCACGGUAGCGUGCAUGAUCCGCGCUUCAGGGAUCUUGGGAAAUUGAUCGAGGAUAAAUAUGCGUUCAUACGGACCAACUAUGAAACCCCGACGCAUACUAUUGUGCUUGCGCAUGGUUUGCUCGGCUUCGAUGAGCUCCGCAUCGCCGGUUCUUUCCUCCCGGCCAUCCAGUAUUGGUACGGUAUCAAGGACGCCUUGUCCAUGAAAGGAAUCAAAGUGAUCACUGCCACGGUGCCUCCGUAUGGAUCGAUCGAGGAGCGUGCUGCAGAAUUGGCCAGAUAUAUUCGUGCCGGCGCCAAAGGCAAAGAUGUCAAUAUCAUUGCGUAA